AUGACUGCUUCAGCCGUUUUCGUGUUGGACGUCAAAGGUAAAGUCAUCAUAAGUCGCAACUACCGCGGAGAUGUUCCUCUGAAUGCCAUAGAGCGCUUCUCGCACCUGAUGCUUGACGAGGUAGAAGGCUCAUCUCCGCCCAUCAUAGUGGACAAGGGCGUCUCUUUCGCAUACGUCAAGUACAACAACCUCUACCUCGUGGCCUGCACCACCAGAAACUCCAACGCCACCACUCUCUUCCUCUUUCUCUACCACAUCAUCAAUGUCUUCAAAGAAUAUUUCCGAGAGCUCGAGGAGGAGAGCAUCAGGGACAACUUUGUAGUCAUCUACGAGCUUCUAGACGAGAUGAUGGACUGGGGUUACCCGCAGAUUACAGAUCAAAAGAUUCUGAGCGAGUAUAUCAUGCAGGAGAGCCACAAGAUACAGGGGGUAGCGAAGCCGCCGCCUGCGGUCACUGGGGUGGUCUCAUGGAGGAGCGAGGGGAUCAAGUACAGGAAGAACGAGAUCUUUCUGGAUGUCGUCGAGUCCGUGAACCUCCUCGUCGGUUCCAAUGGCAACGUCCUGCGAUCUGAAAUUCUCGGCGCCUUGAAGAUGAGGUCUUACCUCAGUGGUAUGCCGGAGUUAAAGCUCGGACUCAACGACAAGCUCCUCUUCGAAUCCACCGGGCGGAAUCCUGGGAAGGGGAAGGCUGUUGAGAUGGAGGACAUCAAGUUUCAUCAGUGUGUGAGGCUGGCUCGGUUCGAGAACGACAGGACCAUCUCCUUCAUCCCCCCCGACGGUGAGUUCGAGCUCAUGUCUUAUCGUCUCUCGACACAGGUCAGGCCGCUCAUCUGGAUUGAAGCGAUUGUCGAGCCUCAUAGCGGAAGCCGAAUAGAAUACACGAUCAAAGCCAAAUCACAGUUCAAGCAAAGGUCUGUUGCAAGCAAUGUGGAGAUUUCGAUUCCUGUUCCUCCGGAUGCAGACUCUCCUUCAUUCAAGGCUGGGACUGGAACGGCCAAGUAUGCACCUGAGAAGGACGCUAUCGUCUGGACCAUCAAGCAGUUUCCUGGUCAGAAAGAGUUUUUGCUGCGCGCUCACUUUGGUCUGCCGUCUGUUCAGCAAGAUGGCCAACUGCAAAAGAAGCCCAUCUCCGUCAAGUUCGAGAUCCCUUACUUCACUGUGUCUGGGAUCCAGGUGCGAUACCUCAAGAUCAUGGAGAAGAGCGGUUACCAGCAGGCACUGCCGUGGGUUCGUUACAUCACGCAGAAUGGGGACUAUCAGCUCCGAAUGAACUGA